ACAUCUCCCAGAGAGGCCGGAGAGACUCCAGGUGCUUGCCGAGGAGCUGAUCUCGCCGCUGCUGUGCUCUGGAGGAGCUGCUGUGCCGUGAGGAGGAGUAGGCAGAGAGAAGCAGAACUAGGGGCAGGGGUGAAGGGCCGAGGAGGAGGACUGUUUUGCCGGAAGGCUGCCCACCUGCUACAGUUGUUGACCUGCAGCAAGGGGGGAAGCAAGAUGGCAAAAUCCCUCUUCUCGGGACCUCGCUCGCCUCCAACUGCUGAGAAGCUCAGAAAUUCUGGUAAGGCCCUCAGGCCCAAUUUCACACGUGCUGUCGGGCCCAGUGACAUGUCUGAAAACAGGUGUGGAAGCCCUGAAGGAGGAAGGUGGGCAUGGCUGAGCAGGGCAGGUUGCUGCAAGAAGGCAGCUACCUUAGCACCCAAGGGGCCGAAGGAGCGCUUGGGCAGGCGUGACUCCUGGGUUCUGUUCCCGACCUGGCCCCUGCCUUCCCAGGGAUCUCCAAGCAGGAGUCGCCAGUGGAACUGAACUGCUUGUCUCAGAAACGCAUCACUCCUUUGGCAGGAAUUCAGGGUGCUGAACUGUUUUGAGGUGGCCUCCUGGGAGCAUGACAUGUCUUUUCUUUUGUUUUCCAGAGCUCGCUAAGUUUUGGUCCAGUGCAUCCUAUUAUCUCAGUCAACAGCUGGCUUUCUACCAGGUGGGACUUGCCUCCCUCUCCUUUCCUCCCUCUCACGGUCGAUUUAGCCGCGAGAGCCCAUUUGCCACGGAACGCAGAUAUUCUUCCCCUCUGUGGAAGCAGGAAUCAUGCCCCAGAAGGACUCUGCAAUGCAAAAUGGGCCACAGGCUAGCUCCUCUGUCAGUUCUGACAUGCCAGGAGGUCCAGGCCUAAUGAUGGAAGAAGGGCUGGACAUUUUCUGGGCCUGCCUGAGUCCUCUGCUGGCAGAGUUGAAUGACUAAAGUGGAUUGCCUAGGGGUGACUGCCAGCUUGGGAACCCCGUUUGUCUCUUUAUGAGCCAAAAGACUGCACUCUCUGGUUCUUCACAGGCAGGAGAGGUGAGAGGGAAAUAGUCUUCUGACAUCCCCUGCAAAACUUCUUCUGAUCCACCCUUUCUUCUCUUUCAGGCUGUGCACAUUCCUGGACUGGGGACUUUCAUGGUUGUCAGAGAGCGCGUAGUCAGCCAGAAGGGUCUGGUUACUGUUGAGAGACCCCUGUUUCACCUGGCAAAGGCUCUUGCGCAGGACCAUGACCUCCAGUAUGACUCCAUAGAUGUUGCAGGACAUGACCAGUAUCAGCAACUUCCGUAUGCUCAGAUAGCCUCAGAAAAUGGCAUCUCUGCAGACGCGGCGCAGCUUUGCGUGGAAAGGACCGUGUGCCUUUUCAGCGCCUGCAUAGAGAAGAGGCGGAACGUUGCUUUCAUUUGGAGAGACGUUGGCAUGCUGCUGAUUGAAGGAAAACGGGUCCAAAUGAAAUUCUAUGAGGACUUCCUGGAGAAGCUCAACGGGACUGCUGACAUGUUGCAGGCUCUUCUUGGGGUAGGUUUUGCAUUUUCCCAGCACUACCUCUGA